AUGCAGACGAAGAUGGAGGUCUUGUCACACCCAGUGAAGGCCGAUUGCAGACGGUCCGUGCGCGUCAUCGCCGACUCCUCCAUGACCAUGCGUUUCUCGUUGCCGACCUCGUACCGCCCCCAGACGCUCUCUCCCGCCUCUGAACCUAAGGGCAACGAAAGCGUCGAACGAACGGUUGGUGACGACGACGAGUCAUGGGAAGACCGCGAUUGGAUGACAGAAGUGCCUUCACGUUCAUGUCUCAAAAGUAACGACAAAGUGGACGAAGUGGACGAGUGGGAGCACCAGCCACAGACGUCGCCCGACCUGCCAGAUGAUUUCCCCCGCCUCCUCGUGAACCUCACGCGCGUCCAGCGCCAGUACUUUGCCGCGACAAAGCGAGAAGAGGACGACGCGUUUGACUUCCUGGACGUCUUUUACCGUGUCAAGAACACGCUGCACGAGCAGUGUACGCCAUUUGUUGAAGUGCUCUUUGAACACCACUGGGGGUUCCACUGCACCUACGGCAUGUCGCGUGCACUGCUGGACGGUCUGCACACCGCGUUCCCAACCGACGUGUUGGCCUUGGUGGACUACCCGCCGGCCAUCGAUGGCGUGCCGCUGCACGAGUUCCUGUACACGUUGUCGAGUCCGUCGAGAUGGAAAAGCGUCGAGUACUUGCGGACUUGUCUGUGUCGGUGCUCGCGCGAUAUGCGGUGGAAGUGCGACGUGAUGAGGGAGUUGGAGCUGCUGGCCGAAACGGAGGCCGCGCAGUAUGAGACGAGGCAGCAACAACAAAGCGACGAGAUCGAGGAGCUCACGCGGUUGCGCGACUCGUUCCGGGCCAAGUUAGAGACGAUAGUGCCGAGUCGAGAGAGGAAACUGCGUCCGGGACGACAGCAGUAUGUCCUGAUACUGCGGAAGCUGGAGGAUGUCGAGAACCGGUUGAUGACGCUGCUGGAUGCGUUUCUGAAAGAGCCCGAGCUGGACGAAGAAGAGUAUCGCAGUGCGUUUGACAGUCCUGGUGGAGAAGGUGGCGUCGCUGUGGGUACGAAUGUGCUGGACAUGGUGAUUGCCAUGGUAUUCGGUCGCCUGCCUCGUGAUUUCAGUCAGCAGACCACAACGGAAGAGCAUUUCCGGAUGCUUUUCGACCACCAUAUUCAGAUACUGCGGCUGUGGAAGAAGGACUUUGGACGGCUGCCGUUGCAGUCUCGAGUGGCAGCGCACGACGAAGGCGCUCGAGGUUCAGACGCCGGUCGUACGUUUGGGUCGUUACGCGAGGAGCGAGCUGUUCUUGAUGUGUCGGACGGAGAGAGCGUGGCCGAGCUUACUGAGGAAUGUCUAGUAAAGGAUGGUGCUGUUGGGAAUUUGGAUGGAGCGUCACUCCGUUGCGACGUUACAUCGGAAGACAUUGGUCAAAGUUGCGAAGGAGCAAACGACAGCAAGACAUUGUUUAACGACGAUUCAGACGGUUACGGUGCUGAUUCUGAUAGUGACGCAAGCGAAGACGAUGUCGGCGAAGUUACAGUAGCGCAAAUCCAGAGGCAUCAGCUGAAGCGUGUGCCGCCAAAGCUUGGCGAAGCAGAAACGGGUUGUAGACUGGACGGACCACGACGAAGACGCAUGAAGCACCCGAGACGUGCAACAAAAUUGCACAAGUCGAAAGCGGAUCGUUGUGAGAGCGAUGCUGAGCGUCAAGCUGCGUCAUUCCAGCCAUUUGCAUGCACCGGAGCGGUGAAGUUGCUUCGUCAAGCCAAAGAAAAGGAACUGUUUUGA